UCCAUUGAUAAUGGUGUGAAAUAUCAAUGUAAUGUUGUUAAAAAAAGUGAUUGCAAUAAUGCUAUUAGAUUAAAAAAAAUACAAUUAAGAAAUUUUAUCAAGCAAAAAAAACUUGUGUAUUAAGAAGAAUACAUGCGAAGAGAAAAAGCUAUAAAAAGUAUAUUAAUUGUAUUUGGCCAUCAAAAUCAGUUCACCACGUAAACGAAACUUGUAAUGUCAACGCCAUCAUCACACAAUGAUGGCCAAACUGGAAGAGCUGAAUUUUUUAGACAUGGGUUAAAUCCAAAUUUAGCUUCCCCUACACAGUUGCAGCAACAACAUCAUCUGCCUUUGCAGCAACAAUCGUUUGUUAACACUAACAGCAAUAUAGCAUUGCAGCAGCAGACUGCCGUAAUACAACAGCAAGCAGCACUAAAUAUUCCAGCAGCGACACAAAAUCCAACAGCCGCGACAACAGCUAUACCUGCACCACCACCUCCAACACAAUUUGUGCACUGGUCAAAUCCGUUAAUGGGUGGUGCACCGUUCAUCCAACCACAACCCCAACAAUCGUCAGCAGCUGCUCCGCAACAGCAACAAUUCAACGAUUUUCUCUUUAAUAUACAAGCUCAAGCAGCAUACGCUGCAGCAGCUGCUACAGUGCCGCCCACACAGGUACCCUCUGUGGCUAGCCAACAGGAAACGUACUCGGUUUUACGUGUUGGAAAUGGAAACUUUUUAAAAAUUUAUCAUUGUCCAGAAAACGCUAUGGGUCCUUUGCCAGGUGAAACUUCUUUUACCCAUAUGCCGCAAUAUAACCAGGGUCAAACAGCUACUUUUCAUCAAGUUAAUCCACAAGGAGGAGCAGCAGGUCCGCUUUCCUUGCAACAACAACAACAGCAGCAAUCUCAAUGUCAAAUAACUGGCUCUGCUAACUCAACAAGUCCUCAAGUUUUUAAUAGUUAUGAGCUAUUUUCAAGCAAUACAUUUACCCAACUGCCAACAGCUGAAAUGCCACCCUUGCUUUUACUGGGUCCCAAUGCUAAACCGACGACAAUGACCGCAACCGAGGAUAUGAAAAAUGUUGAAACGAAUCAAGCAACCAAUAAUGAAACCACAAAUUUGAUUAUACACAAUAUGCCCAAUAAUAAUAACAAUUGGUCAGGUGGCAAUCCAGCAGCAGCUCCUUUAUAUGCACAAUUUGAAAAAUGUCAAAGUAAUCAAGAACAACUUGAGGUUCUUAAUCAAACUUUAGCAAACACAGAAAUGGCAGUAAUUAACAAUAACAGCAGCAGCGAUGCAACUUUAGAAACCAAUUUUAAUGCCCAUAUUGCCAUACAACCACAACAUCAGCAGCCACAAUUACAACAAAAUCCCUCCAUAUCCAAUGAGAACAUAAAACAAACACUAACGUCAUCUGCUACAGCUGCAACUCUACUUCCAUCGGCAAACAUAAAAACUGAAAUACCACGUCAGGAUGCACCUAAAAAACGUAUUGUGGCCGAAGUAAAACCCAUGCGCAUGACAUACUCUGAUGUUUUAAGUAAAUUUAAUAAUCAGACACAAAAUUCGCAACAAAAUAAUCUCAAUCAGUUCCCAAUGACCACAACUACCACACCAUCAGCAGCAAUUUCAGCCAAUCAACGUAGUCAACAAAAAUCUUUGAAAAACGAUUCCAAUAAUGCAAAUAAUUCCUCGAUUAAUUUACGCCGUAUGGGUGACGAUACAACAGUCAUACGUUCAUCAUCUAAAAAAUCGCCAACACACGAAAAUAAAGAAAAUCAACAGCAGCAACAACAACAAAUGAUAAAUAAUAAUAAAUUAAACAAUAAUAAUCAAAAACGUUCUACGGCCACAGUUAUAAAUACCAACAACAACAAUACUAAUACUACUUUGAACACCAACAACAAUAACAUUGGUUCAUCAUCAAAUAAAUCAGCGACAACCAUACAAAAGAAUUUAAUUAAUAAUUCCAAAAACAAUACUUUUAAUAUUAAUAAUAAUGGCAAUGUCAACGGUAACAACAACAUUAACAAUGAUAAUCAGCAGGCGAAAAAACAACGUUCGAAUAAAAGUUCUGAUAUUCAAAAUAAUGGAGUUAAAAACUACAACAAUGAACAACGUGGCACUUCUAAAAAUAUCAAUGUCAACAAUGCUCCUAACAACUCAACACAAUCUACAAGUGCUUACAAUUCCACAAAUAACACUUACGCUCGUAAACCUACAAAAUCCUCAAAUUCUGGCAACUCAUCAUCGGCAACAGGUCAACAAAGGUCUCGUUAUCAAAGCAAUUCAAAUGCAUCGUAUUCCUAUUCAUCUACGAAACGUAGUCGUAACAAUAGUUCAUAUGGAACUUCCUCAUCCUUAAAUAAUGCAUCGUAUGCUAAUGGAGCUGGUAAUAAUCGUAACUAUGAAUUGGCAAAACGAUUUCUCCAAGCCUGGUAUACAUACACUCUUAAGAUAUUGACUUGGCUAUUCUAUUUGGUCUAUGAUAUCGUUGUACUCGGUUGUAGUAUACUCUAUGAACGUCUGAUGUAUGCUUAUGAAUGUGGCAAAAUCUACGCGAAACAAUUGCAUAAAGAUCUAAAGCAAAAUUCGAAUAAACCGGGCAUUUGGUUCAAAAACUAUUGUCGAAAAUUUGAUGCAAAGUUUACAAAAACAUCGAAAUGGGCAUUUUGGAGAAAAUUUUAUAAGAAGAAACCGCCGGAAGCCACCAGUGAAGCGAUCAAAACGGGACGUCUGCCGGCAACUGGUGAGGAAGCCAUGUAUCAGCUAUUAAAUUGCAAAGGAAAGGAUGCUUAUAGUAUUUUGGGCGUUCCACCCAAUAGUUCACAGGAGCAGAUACGUAAACAUUAUAAAAAAAUUGCUGUAUUAGUACAUCCCGAUAAGAAUAAACAGGCUGGUUCUGAAGAAGCUUUCAAAGUUUUACAAAGGGCUUUUGAAUUGGUUGGAGAACCGGAAAAUCGCCUGGCCUAUGAUCAGAGUUUGGCGGAGGCUUUACAUGCUGAAAAAGCUUGGACCGAACUACAUGAUUUGUUAUCACAGCUACAAACUAAGAUUACUGAAGCUGCCAACACCAUUAGAUGUAGUACUUGUGGUUUACGUCAUCCACGUAAAAUAACAGAUCGUCCACACUAUGCUGCUCGUGAAUGUGCGUCCUGUAAAAUACGUCACUCUGCCAGAGAAGGUGACAUUUGGGCUGAAACGAGUAUGUUGGGUUUACGUUGGAAAUAUUUGGCUUUAAUGGAGGGUAAAGUCUAUGACAUCACCGAAUGGGCCAAUUGUCAAAAGGGAGCUUUGGCGCAUUUAGAACCCAAUUCGCACAUGGUACAGUAUCGCAUUGUUCGAGGUGCUCAGCAGCAGCAACAACAGCAGCAGCAGCAACAAAAACAGCAGGCCCAGCAACAACAACAACAGCAUAAUCAACAACAGCAUGCAGGAUCUCAAUAUCCCGGCGCAGGAGGUUUAGGUGGUAAAUUUAAACAUGAUAAUAUACCACCCAGUGAAGCGUCGUUACAUGAGUUCCUUGAUAAUUUAUAUAGUGGCCAGCAUCCCCAGCAGCAGCAGCAACAGAAUACAUCUGCUUAUGCCGGUUCUAGCCGCAGACGUAAUCGUCGCAAUUAAUUUAUACAUUAUAAUAAUAUUUUUUUUUAUUUUUUCUUUUCUUUUUUAUCUAAUCUCACGCCUCACUAUUCUUUAUUUUAUUUUUUCCCAGACUGGAUUUAUAAAUAGUAUCAAAAUUACUAUGGACUACUUCCUCAAGUGUUUUGUAUUAACAUAAAAAACCAGUUGAAAUCUUAAAAAGGUUCCUCUCCAAUUCUGAAAUUGGCAAAUAAAGAUAUGUAUACAACAUAUUGAGGCCAGUCCAAAAAUGUUAUUGUACUAUAUAUCUUAAAUUUAAUUUACUGCUGUUUCUUAUUACCCCUAUUUUUUGUACAUUUUUAUUUAACUCGUUUACUUUUAACUCUUUAGAACACAUUAUCGAAUUUCUUUUUGUUUUGUUGAUAUUUUCUACCACUUCCUUUAUAUACAUACAUUAUUUUUAUAAUUAAACAUUUAAUUUUACUCCUUUUAUUACAAUUGUUUAUAUUUUGUUUUAUCAUUGUCAUGUGAUUAUGAUUAAUAUAGAUAUUUUAAUACUUUGUUUAAAUACAAUUAUUGUUUGUAUUCACUAAAUUAGUAUUUAAUAUUAUAGUAAUUUUUACCAAAUACUUUGCAACUUCAAUUAAAGAAGCAAAAACCCUAAAAAAAAUAAUAAAAAACACAAAAAAAUAAAACCUAAUUAAACUCAAAUACAUACUAUUAAAAAAAA